GGGGCCGAGGCGCAGGCGGGCUCAGAGGGGUCGUGUUCCCGAAGCGGCGAAAAACUAGGCUCCAGAGCUAGGCCGAACAGUGCAGCGCUGCGAACCGGAGGCCGCACAGACUCGUCAGAGACCCGCCGCCGCGGGUGCCUUUGCCACUACAGCCAUCCCUCUUGUUCUUUGCCUGCCUUUCCCGUCGUCUCCUUCUCCAUCGCCAUUUCACAGCCGCAGCACCAGCAGUAACAACUAAGCGGUCAGUUCGGGACUUGGGGCUGGAAAUCGGGGCGGGAGCCAGGCGCGGGCAGCACAAGAGCGCGCGCCAUCUCCUGCGGCAACCGCCACUGCUGCAGACACCCCUCCCUGGCGGGAUAGGCCCACGCUGUCCCAGUGCCCACGGUGAGAGAUAGAGCUUUUCUACCAAGCAUUGGUGAGAGCCGUGUGUUCGGUGAAGGGAAGACCGACGGGGAAUCAGAGAUCACGAAAAAAGAUCUCAUAUUGGAAAGCGUUGACUUUUUCUCAGCUUAAUCGAGCAAGUGGUAGCUUCGCCUAGCCUCCUUAAACCUCUAGCUAUGUCGCCCCCAACUGUGCCUCCAAUGGGAGUAGACGGUGUGUCUGCAUACCUGAUGAAGAAAAGGCACACCCACAGGAAGCAGCGACGCAAGCCCACUUUCCUCACUCGUAGGAACAUUGUGGGUUGCCGCAUUCAACACGGCUGGAAGGAAGGCAACGAGCCGGUGGAGCAGUGGAAGGGCACCGUGCUCGAGCAGGUUUCCGUGAAGCCUACUCUCUAUAUUAUCAAAUACGAUGGCAAAGAUAGUGUGUAUGGACUGGAACUGCACCGAGAUAAGAGAGUUUUAGCGCUAGAGAUCCUUCCUGAGAGAGUGCCAACUCCUCGCAUUGAUUCACGGCUGGCAGAUUCCCUCAUUGGCAAGGCAGUGGGGCAUGUGUUUGAGGGUGAGCACGGUAGGAAGGAUGAAUGGAAGGGCAUGGUCCUGGCGCGAGCCCCCGUGAUGGACACUUGGUUUUACAUCACCUACGAGAAAGAUCCGGUUCUUUAUAUGUACACGCUGCUGGAUGACUACAAAGAUGGUGACCUGCGCAUCAUUCCAGAUUCCAACUACUAUUUUCCUACAGCAGAACGGGAGCCUGGAGAAGUGGUCGACAGUCUUGUGGGCAAGCAGGUAGAGCAUGCCAAAGAUGACGGGUCCAAGAGAACAGGCAUUUUCAUCCAUCAAGUGGUGGCCAAGCCUUCUGUCUACUUUAUUAAGUUUGAUGAUGAUAUUCACAUUUAUGUCUAUGGCUUGGUGAAAACUCCCUAAAUUCAUUGCACUCUUUGCCAAAAUUGUGGAACUAUUAAAUGUAAAAUAUGUCGUGUUCAUGUAAUUGUGAAAUUUUGAAAACAGUUUUGGUGUCAGAGAUUCAGGAAUUUAUUAUUACUUAUUGUGCCUCCAAAUCUUACAUCGACUAGUUCCACAGUUUUGCCUUUGUAUUCUGGUACCUAUGAUAUUGCCUUGUUCUGUAACUGAAAUUUUAAAUUGGGUGCUAAUAGAAAAGUGUUCGUGACCAUUGGAACAAUGAAAAACUAGAUAAAGAAAAAUUAAUGGUGACACUCUGCACCAUGUUCUUCCCCCCAUUUCCUUACCUUCCCUCUUCUCUCCAGGUAACAAGUGUUAACAACAUAAUGUGUGUGUGUGUGUGUGUAUAUAUAUAUAUAUACGUAUAUAUAUAUAUAUAUCUCCUUCCAUGUUUUUCUCAUCCUCUUGCAAAAUGUUGUAGUUGUUUCUGUAAAAAUUUCAAGCCACAUCAUUUCUCUGUAAUUGCUUUUCUCACUUAGCAUAUCCAUGAAAUUCCUUCUGAUCAGUUGCUGCAGAUAUCUCUCCCUCUCCUCUUCCACUCUCUGUUCCCCUUUCCCACCUUUACCCUCCUUUCCCCUCCCUCUGGCCCUCUCCUUCUGGAAUUUAUUUUCGUAUAUAGUUUAAGAUAACAGGUCCAAUUAUACUUUCUGUUCACAUUAUAUACCUGAUUAUGCCAUCACAUUUAUUAAAUCUCCCAUUUCCCUUUCCCUCUGAAAUUUAUUUUUAUAUAUGGUAUAAGACAGAGGUCCUAUACAUUUUGUUCACAUUUUAUAUAUGGUAUAAGACAGAGGUCCUAUACAUUUUGUUCACAUUGAAUACUUGAUUGUGCCAUCACAUUUAUUAAAUAUAUCACCCACUUCCCUUCUCUCUCUCUCUCCCCAAAAAGGUAUUCAACCAUUCCAUUAUUGAUGGUCAUUUAAGUUAUUUCCUUUCUGUUUUUUCACCAUAGCACUGCUUUAAUACAUAUUGGUGCUUUUAUUUCUAUAGGGUAGAUACCCAGAAAUGGAUCUCUGGGUUGUCAUAUAUUUAAUUUUUAAAGAUAUUACGAAAUUACCUUUCCAAAUGAAAGUGCUCUUUUUCCAGCAUCUUCUCUAGCACUCUUAAUGUUUGCAAAUCUAAAAGGUGAAAAAUUACAUAGUUUUGUUUCUUUAAUUGACAAACUCAAUGAGGUCUAUUUUGGGGGGAUUUUUUGGGAGGAGUGGGUUGUUUGUUUUUGCUGUUUGGACUUUUUUUGUGGUUUGCCAAUGUUUAUCCUAGGCUCAUUCAUCUAUUGAAUCUUUGAUAUUUUCUUAUAAAUUUGUAAGAAUUCUUACUAUAUUUGCUGUAUGGUACAUAAUAAUCAUUUUAGCCCAUGUGUUAUAAUUUUUUCCAUCCUAUCGUUAAUCUUUAUUGAUGGUGUCUUUUAUUUUACAGGGUCUUAAAAAAAAUUUAGAUAAACUUAUAUUUCCUUUUUGCUUUUUGGUUUUCUCUUUUUCAGAUGAAUGCCCCACCUAAGUUAUACAAAUAUUCACCUGCUUUUUUUUUCAAAAACAUAUUAAUUUUAAGGUUUCAAUUUUUGAUCCAUCUGAAAUAUAAUUUUGUAUGUGGUGUAAGAUAGAUGUCAACCUAUGCAUUUUGUUUACAUUGGAUACCUGAUUGUGCUAUCACACUUGUUAAAUAAAUCAUCCAUGUUCAAGUGUCUGGGCCAGGUCACAUUGUUUUAACUAUAGUGGCUUGACCUUAAAUUUUGGACUCUGGUAAAGCAGGUUACCUCUCAUUGGUAUUUUUUUCUUCUUUUAUAUAACUUGUCCUAGACAUUCAUUUUUUCAUAUGAAAAUUAAAAGCAUUCUUUCUACAUUAAAAAAAAUUUGAUGUCUUAUUUAGAAUUGUGUUAGAGUUUUGCAUAUAUAUUUAGAGGAUUGUUUUGAUAAUAUUAAUUCUUAACACUCAAAAGUUUGGGUACAGCAUUAAAAUCUUUUGGUUUUGUUUUCGUAAUGUUCUUCAUCUAGGUUCAUAUCAGAUGAAAUUUAUUUCUAAAUAUUUUUACAGUUUUUGUCACAUUUUGACACUUUGAAUUGAGUAUUUUUUUAUUGCUCACUUGUAACUUGUUAUUUUGGGCAAUAUAGACAAACUAUGAAUCUUUUUAUUUUUACUUUCAGUUUAAUCAACUUACUAAAUCCUGUAAAUUACUCUGGGUGUUUAAAAUAGUGUAUCUUGGACUUCCUAGAUAUACAAUCAUUUCACCUGCCAAUAGAGAUAAUUUUAUUUCUUCUAAUGUUUAUACCGAUUAUUAUUACAUUAGCUGGAUUCUCUAAAACAAUGUUGAAUAAUGAUAAUGACAGAUAUCCCUGUCUGGUUCUUAAUUUUCAUAGAAUUGUCUUUAGUAUUCCCUAUUUAUAUGGCAUUUGCUAUUGGUUAUUGGUAAAUAGUCAUUAACUAUUAACAUGUUUAGGGAAUUUAGGAAGUUUCUUCUAUUCCUGUUUUCAUAGCAUUAUUACUAAAAGUGUCUCCUGAAUUUUAUCAGUUGUCUUUUCAGCAUCUAUUAAUAAAAUCAUAUGAUUUUUCUCCUUAAUUUGUUGACAUAAUGAAUUCGAGUGGUAGGUAUUUAAUGUUGAACCAAACUUGUAUUUCUGGAAUAAAUCCUACUUGGUCAUGGUGUAAUAAUCAUUUGAUUCAUUGCUGUAUUUUAUUUACCCAUAUGUUAUUCAGAAUUAUUGUAUUUACAUUUCAAAGUGAAAUUAUAUUUGUUUCUUUCUUACACUGUUUUUAUCAAGUAUCUUUAUUAAAAUUGUACCAGCUAAAAUAAUGAAUUGGUGAAUUUUCGAUAUUUUUCUGUGGUCUGGAAUAGUUUAAAUAGCAUAGGAAUUACUUGUUCUUUAAAAAUUAGCUAGUACUAAGUUGUAAAACCAUCUAAUCCCAGUGACACUUUUGAUGGUAGAUCUUUAAUCAGCUUUCUUAUCUCUUCAAUGGUAAUUGUUUUAUUUAAGCUUUCUAUUAAAAAGGAAUAUGUGGUCCCAGUGACACACAAACUGUAAAGUUUUCUCUUUUAUUGAGCUUCUUAAUUGUAUUAUUUAGAUGCUUUAUGUCAUUAUGUGUUGCAUAUGCAUAUGUCCUAGAUAUGUUCAAUUCUGAAAACAUUGUAAUAAAUAAAGUCAGCAGCUAUAAUGGUGUUUUAAA